AAUCAGCCUUGCGCAUCGGCCCGCCGCCCCUCCUCAACUGACGACUGGGCCACAUCCGCUCUUCGUUUGCGGAACCAUCGCAUCCACCGCUUCCCUCUGAAUCACAACGAUGGCAGCCCCCCAUCCGAGCGAGCAUCGACAUAUGCGCGGCGGCAGUCUCAAUAUUCCACCACAGGGCGCUCGCCCUGGCGGCAUGAUGGGCGCGAUGCCGGUCGCGCGUUUUGAAGGGCCCCGAAGCCCACCAAACACGUCCCAUGUGCCCUGCAAAUUCUACCGACAGGGCGCCUGCCAGGCAGGCAAUGCGUGCCCGUUUAGCCACGACCUCAGCGCCGCCUCGGAAACGGUGUGCAAAUAUUUCGCAAAGGGCAACUGCAAGUUUGGUCCGAAAUGUGCCAAUAUCCACGUCCUUCCCGACGGACGCCGCGUCAACUAUGGCAAGAACGGCGUGACGAUUGGAGCCCCGCCAAGCGUCCCUCUUGGCGCUCGCGUGAACCCGACGACAUACCACCACCAGCCGUCCACCAGCGCGCUUACCAACUCGUUUUUGCGCGCCGAUCAGCAGCCCCCGUACCACGCCCCGGCUCCCUACCGAGCUCAGGAUGACGCAUACGGCCACCAGCUCAUGGAAAACAACCUCCCGAUAAUAGACACCACAUACAGCUCGAAUCCAGCGUCCGCGUAUGGGUCGCCUCGUGACGAGGAUGCGAACCGCUUCGGGCUCGGUCUCUCCCCCGUGAACGCCAAGGGCCUCUCGGUGAUGGAUGCUCCGCUACCGGCGUCGUUUGACAGCAACGGCAUCUCCCUUGCCGCCCGUUACGGCCCUUGGCCGGCCUCGGUGCCCUCCAAGUUCGGGCUCGACUCGCCCUCGCCGUCGCUGCACUCAGUCAGGGAUGCCCGCACUUCCGAGACACUCAAGCUCCUUCAUAGCUCCGCCUUUGGAAGCAGUGACCACCUAUCUCCCUCGGCUCUUGGUGUAAGCGACACAAACGGCUUCGGGAGCAGCCCGCCAGUAGGCUCUGCGACGCUGAGUUCCGCACCAGGGAACGACGAGUACUACGGAAAAAGGCUGAUGCAUAGCAGCGCGAUGCGGUAUACCAAACCGCGCUUGAUCAGCAGCAGCGUUCCCAAGAUUGACCGCGACUGGGAGGCCGAGUUCAUGUUUGAGGAGGACUAUGUCCCCGGAGCCCUGGCGAACGAGGUCCUGACACCGGCCGAGAAGGCCAGGAGGGGCUCAGCGACCCAUACGGUACGGAUGACGGAUACCGCUGAACCGGCAGCCGACUCUCUCCUCAUCGGAUCCUCCAAGUUUGGCAGCCCCGUGGCUGCGAGCCCAAGCCGCUGGGGACCCCUGUUUCAGCGCCAGAAGGAAGAGGAGCUCGAGGCUAGCGGCACAGCCCGAUCCAUGAAGCAUGUUUCGGCAUUUGGCCAUGUGGGAAGUCCGUUGAGAAACUCGAGCCUGGCACCGAGCCUAACAGCCGAUGCCGAAGGACAGCAGAGGACAAGCAGUGCAAACGAGUCAGUCUCCGUCUUGACCCGGCAACUUCGCGAGACCCGGUUAGGAGAGGGGGGUUCGGGAAGCUCCAGUCCCCGUUUACAACCAACUGCAGUGCGCAACCACAAGUCCACCGGAUCAGGGACGACAGCCGCGGGCAUAAUUGGAAAGGAGCGGGAGAAGGAGCGGCCCCUCGAGAGGCACAUCAGCAGCGGCUCCAUCGGGUCGAGCGUCACGGGGCGGUUCACUACUCCCAUUGAUGAAGAGGACUCCUCGUUUGUCUUUAGGAUGGAGGAGGAGGAUGACGCUCAAACGCGGGCGAAGAAGCGUGUCUCGGGAGGCAACCCGGGUACCACAAGCCCGUUGAGCACUACUUGGAGCUACGCCAAUGUAGUGGCCAACAACCGGGUCGCCCCAAACGGCAGCAAGGGUGCCGCAUCGAACGAUGCUGAGACGGUGGCGGGUCCGUGAACCAGACACAGGAAAAGCUAGGCUCCGGCGGACAUUUCUUAAGACCACGAAAUCACUCUCUAAGGAUAAAGGCACAAUAACGGGCUGCAUCAGGGUCAUUGGCAACGGACUGCAUCGGU